ACGUGUAAAACAGUCUUAAAUAGCAAUCUAGCAUCAGUUGUUAUUACACAACCGCAACGCAACGCAACGCAACGCAACGCGCCCAUUCCUCACACGUUUCCCAACGCGAUUGCUCCGACCAAAAUCUCGGACCCACCUACGCAGCUAUCUCCCAAAUCCCGGCCGCCGCCGCCGCCCCAUUUAUUGAUUUAAGCUUCCCUGUUUGUUCAGUUUCAGCGAUUCAUCUGCUAAGUUGUUGCAGUGCGUCGCAUGAAAAAAAAAGGUGCAAUCUUGAAAUAGAAUCUUGAAAAUAAAAAAUGGAGUCUUUGGUGGAGGCGACAUCAGGUGCGGUGGGUUCACUGCUCAGCACCACCAUUCUGUACCCGCUUGACACUUGCAAGACUAAAUAUCAAGCUGAAAAUCGAGCCCAUCAUCACCAAAAAUAUAGGAACAUCUCGGAUGUCCUCUGGGAGGCGAUAUCUACGCGCCAGGUUCUCUCGUUGUACCAGGGGUUGGGAACGAAGAAUUUCCAGUCCUUCAUCUCGCAGUUCAUCUAUUUCUAUGGAUACAGCUUCUUGAAGAGGCUUUAUUUGAAGAAGAGUGGAUUCAAAUCUAUUGGGACUAAGGCUAACUUGGUCAUAGCAGCAGCUGCUGGCGCCUGCACAGUUGUAGUCACACAGCCUCUGGACACAGCAUCCUCGAAGAUGCAAACGUGCGAGUUUGGGAAAUCCAAAGGGCUGUGGGAGUCCCUCUCGGAGAGCACGUGGAGCGAGUCGUUUGAUGGCCUAGGCAUCUCCCUUCUCCUCACUUCAAACCCCUCCAUUCAGUACACGGCCUUCGAUCAGUUGAAGAGCAGGCUGUUGAAGGAGAAGACGAGGAAAAGGGGAGGCGAGGCAGCAGCAUCGCCUUCCCCAGAAGCCCUCUCUGCAUUCUCGGCCUUCAUGUUGGGGGCCGUCUCAAAGUGCAUCGCCACCUGCAUAACGUACCCUGCUAUAAGGUGCAAAGUGGUGAUUCAGUCGGCCGAGGCUGAUGAAACAAAGGAUAAAUCGCGUAAAACUGUGCCGGGUGCACUGCGUUCGAUCUGGGAGAAGGAAGGGAUACUCGGAUUCUUCAAAGGCCUGCAAGCACAGAUCCUCAAGACAGUCCUGAGCUCGGCACUGCUGCUGAUGAUAAAGGAGAAGAUCACAAAAUCGACGUGGAUCACAAUGCUCGCGCUGAAAAGGUUCAUCCUCGUGACAAGAAGCCGGUUGAAGAGCUCCUGAGACGAGCCUCAGUCGUGCCCGACACGCAGCUGGAUAUGCAGGAUCAUGAACUAGACAGCUUGAUGCUACCUUUUCUUGCCAUAGAGAGAGAAUAUGCCAAGUGAUGGUUAUAGUUUAUAUAGUAGAAUUGGAUUGAACAAAUUUUGUCCUCUUCAAGAAGAGGUGCAUUUUCAUCGAUGUUGUAUGCAGAUUUCAGUAAUAAAAAAAUUGUUUUUGUGAUUAAA